AUUACAAAAGCAGAGAGAGAAGACUGCAUUAGAGGGGCCUCAAAUCUCAAUAUGCUUAAAAGAUUUUUUCAAAAGAGAUACCAACCCAAAGCAAGAUGGGGUCAUUCUUGUGUACCACUGGGCAACAAAGCAGUUGUAUGGGGUGGGAUGCAAGCAGGUCUACCUGAAGUACAUCAAAGCCCCAUAAAGACACAGUGCACUUCUGUAGUAGAGGUAUUUGAUGUACGUACAGCAAAGUGGAUCCAGGAGAAAACAAUAGGGAAUCCCCCACUAGGCGUUAGGGGUCAGGCAUGUGCAGCUGUUGGAUAUGAUCUUUAUUUCUUUGGCGGGUUCUGUGGGCAUGACUGGUGUCGUCACAAUACAGUCUAUUGUCUCGAUACACUCACCAACGUAUGGAGAGAAGUGGUGCCUAAGAAUCCCGGAAAAACUCCAAUGAAGAAGACUCGAUGUGGGAUGUUUGGCUUUAGCUUGAACAGCGAGGACUAUCUUUGCAUUCUUGGAGGUACUGGUCUUCUCUGUUCGGCAAACCUCACCGAAGCCACUUACAUACCUUGGAAAGAAAACCCUGACUGGGGUUGGACCAAUGAGCUACACUUCUAUGCACUCAGAAACGGUACAUGGAUCAUUCCAACCCAUACUGGUGAUAUCCCACCUCCUUGUGCCGGCUUUACUUUGACCAAAAUAUCUGAAAACUCUGCCAUUCUUUUUGGCGGGUAUCAGCCUCAGAAAUCCAGCUGUGUAAAUGAUAUUUACAUUAUGACUAUAAUUGACAUUGGAACAGUUGUCUGGAAGAAAUUAGAAAUAAAAAGGACAGAGGGAGAAAGAGAGGAGGACUCUAGUCCUUCUGGACGACAGGACCACACUAUGGUCUGCUUGUCAAGCUCACUAACUGGACACAACAGAACAAUCCUUCUAAUGUUAGGAGGACGUAGCACAAGUGGCAGAACAUUCAGCGACUCUUGGGUACUAGAUAUUGAGCAAAAUAGAUGGACACAAGUUUUCCUUUUGGAGUCUAUUGCAUAUCGUCACUUCCAUUCCAUGGUCUCAGUAUCAAUAAAUGCAAGUCGUAUACUGGUGAUUGUGUUUGGUGGCGUUAGGGAGUGGCAGUGGGGCAAAACUGCCAGUCAGCAACCAGCACUAACAGCCUGUGCUCUUAUUGAAGCUGUUGCUACUCCUGAUGGAGAUUGGAAACUAGGCGUAGUAAUGGGAGAAAAUGAUGCUUCACCUUCUGAGGAAUACUUCCAAAUAGUGCAACAGAUCCAGAUCAGAGAGGAGGAGAAAAAGCAUCAGUUUCUGGAAAUAGUUCAAGAAGAAGAGGGACUCAUGGUAGUGGAGGAGGAGGAGGAAGAAGAUGAAGAUGAAGAAGGAGAGUUUGAAGUAAGAGGAAGCACUCCUCUUCCCGUGAUACCUGAAGGCAAUGAAGAUGAGCUGGACACAAGUGACAAACCACUCCAGCCCAUUCUCGACCCACAUGCCAUUAUAGAGCCAUCAUCAAUGGCAAAGGCAUCAAGUGUUGAAGGGACGCACAUGUAUGACGUCCCAAGACCUUUAAUUGGAAAAACUCAAGCCUCAUCAGUUGAUGCUAUUCAGCUUCCAUCUCGAUACAGACCAAAGCGCCUGUCUGUUGAUUCUUCACUAUCGCAUGCAGCUACUGCAGGAAUGAGUCAAAGAAUCAAAGACCUGGAGCAGCAGCUAAUCAUUGCAAAAGGAAGGACAAAUGAGGUUGAGGAAGUCCUUCACAAAGCAAUCAUGACAGCUGAAGAGCGAGCAGUAAUAGCAGAAGAAAAAGCAAGAGCUAUGGAAGAAAGAGCCAUCAAAGCUGAGGAGAAAUGCAGAGAAGCUGAAGGUAGAGUACUAGUGCUAGAGGGACAAGUAGCUACUCUGGAAGGAUUGCUCAAGACUUCUGAAGAGAAGUUGUGUGCAUCUUAUAAUGACACAAUAGCAUACUCUGAACAGGUAUUAGAGCUGGAAAGACAGCUCCUUGAUUCAGAAGACAGAGCCAUAACAGCUGAGAUAGCAAUAAAUGAGAUUGAGGCCCAGGUUCAAGAAGAGAAGAAGAAGCUAGAAGCAAGAGAACAGAAAGAGAAAGAGAAUGAAAACUCCAUCACAGAAUUAGAAAAACAAAUUGCUAUCAUGACGGAAGAGAUGCUUACUACAGCAAAAGGGCUGAGAGAAGCUGAAGAAUUAAUUAAAUUUCUUCAUUGUGAAGGUAGCCAAAAAGAGCAAGGAAGUAGCCAAAAGCCACAGGGCUCAUCAUUUUGGAGAGCAUUAGCUGACGUACAGCAUCCAAGCAUCACUCUUUGCUUUACUGAAGAUGACAUCAUUACACUAUCAGCUUCAACAAGGAGCAGACAAGAAGUUUGCACUCUUGAGGCUGAAUGUAAGCAAGGAAACAAGCUAGAGAGACAAGAGGUCUACACAGUGUCCCUUCAUACAUUUCAAGCUCUCAUUCAUCUUCACAAGAACAACCUGAGGGAGAAGUUUGAUGUUUCGCUGUGCCCACACUCAGUUCUCUUGCAAAAAGAUGAAGAUAAAAAAAUAUGCCAAGCACAGCUACUCGUAUCUUUAACUAAUGAUGAUGAACCAGUUUCACAUGAAAAUGAUGAACUUUUUACUUCACUUUCAAACGACUUAAAUCAAUUUGCAUUGCUACUGGUCACAAUGGCAACUGGUGAUUUGACUUCAAACGUUAGCGAGGGUUUAGCAACAAUUGAAUGGCCUGCUAUGACAGAGCUAGUUUCUCAGUGUAUGAACACUGUUGAAUUCAAUGACGGUUCACUCCUAAUGGAUAAUAUACUUCACCAAAUAGAAGCAAUGCAGAUGACUUUCCAAUAAUGAAGCUAUUUUAAAAUUAAAUUGUUGUUAUAAAAUUAGAUUAAUUAUUUCUUAUUAUUGUGAAUGAUGAACACUGUUAA